GCAAUAAAGGAAACAAGAUACAGGCACACCUCAUUUCAGAGCGCUGCACAGCUGUGUUUUACAAAUGGAAGGCAAGGUCCUCCACCGGCCGAAGGUUGACGGGCUUUGCUGGCGGUGCUCGCCCACCGCGGCUGCUGGAGGCGGCCCGCACCUGCCAGACAUGGAUUUAGAUGCUGUUACAAAACACUCAGCAUUACAUGCCAAGCCCAGUGGACUCAUUCUUCAAUAUGGGACUGCGGGAUUUCGAACAAAAGCAGAACAUCUUGAUCAUGUCAUGUUUCGCAUGGGAUUAUUAGCUGUUCUGCGGUCAAAACAGACAAAAUCUACAAUAGGAGUCAUGGUAACAGCAUCACACAAUCCUGAGGAAGACAAUGGUGUCAAAUUGGUUGAUCCUUUGGGUGAAAUGCUGGCACCUUCCUGGGAGGAACACGCUACCUGUUUGGCAAAUGCUGAGGAGCAAGAUGUGCAGAGAGUGCUGCUGGACAUCAGCGAGAAAGCUGCCGUGGAUCUGCAGCAAGACGCCUUCGUCGUGAUUGGUAGAGAUACCAGGCCCAGCAGUGAGAAACUUUCACAGUCUGUAAUAGAUGGCAUCACUGUUUCAGGAGGUCAAUUCCAUGAUUACGGCUUGCUGACAACGCCGCAGCUGCACUACAUGGUGUACUGCCGGAACACCCAGGGCCAGUAUGGAAAGGCCACCACAGAAGGCUACUACCAGAAGCUCUCCAAGGCCUUUGUGGAGCUUACCAAACAGGCUUUCUGCAGUGGUGACGAAUGCCUGUUACUUAAGGUUGACUGUGCAAAUGGCAUAGGGGCCCUGAAGCUGAGAGAAAUGAAAAACUACUUCUCCCAGGGGCUGUCAAUUCAGUUGUUUAACGUUGGGACUACAGGGAAACUCAAUCAUUUAUGUGGGGCUGACUUUGUGAAAAGUCAUCAGAAACCUCCACAAGGAAUAGAAAUGAAACCCAAUGAAAGAUGCUGUUCCUUUGAUGGAGAUGCAGACAGAAUUAUUUAUUACUACUAUGAUGCAGAUGGCCACUUUCAUCUCAUUGAUGGAGACAAGAUAGCAACACUCAUUAGUAGUUUCCUUAAAGAGCUCCUGUUGGAGAUUGGAGAAAGUCUGAAUAUUGGCGUUGUACAAACUGCAUAUGCAAAUGGAAGCUCAACACGGUAUCUUGAAGACGUUAUGAAGGUCCCAGUCUAUUGUACUAAAACUGGUGUAAAACAUUUGCAUCAUAAGGCUCAGGAGUUUGAUAUUGGAAUUUAUUUUGAAGCAAAUGGGCAUGGCACAGUGUUGUUUAGUAAAACUGCUGAAAUGAAGAUAAAACAGCUAGCAGAAGAAUUAGAAGAUAAGAAAAGGAAAGCUGCUAAGAUGCUUGAAAACAUUAUUGAUUUGUUUAACCAGGCAGCCGGUGAUGCUAUUUCUGACAUGCUGGUGAUCGAGGCAAUCUUGGCUCUGAAAGGGCUGACUAUACAACAGUGGGAUGCUCUCUAUACGGAUCUUCCAAACCGACAGCUCAAAGUGAAGGUUGCAGACAGGCAAGUUAUUAGUACCACGGAUGCUGAAAGGAAAGCAGUCACACCCCCAGGGCUACAGGAGGCAAUCGACGACCUGGUGAAGAAGUACAAGCUUUCCCGAGCUUUCGUCCGGCCCUCUGGUACAGAAGAUAUAGUCCGAGUAUACGCAGAAGCAGACUCACAAAUGUACCUUUAAGAGAGGGACUUAACUAAGCGCUUGACCAAGAAGAAGGACUUGUCUUGGUGUAUUGCUCUUAAUCAGAAUCACCUUCCUCAAUAAUAAGUAAAAUUAAAAAGUCAAACACGUUUCCAUACAAACGGUUUCUCCUUUCACUUCGCCAAUCUAUACUUGAAGAAAGACUUCCUUUUUAACUCUGUUGUAAUGGUUGAAAUUCAGACCUGGGUUUAUGUCUCAAUAUUUGGUACAGAUGUGGCAACUUUUGCUGCCAUAUUACAAGCAUCAAAAAGCCACCCUCACCUGAUGCUUGGUCAUCUCCAAUCCCUCCAAAAUCACUGUCUUAAAGUCCUCCUCCUUGUCCUGUGGAAGGAAAGAGGAGAACUCAUAGCCUUUGUUCCAUGAAAAGUAUGCUUGGCCAUGAAGGCCUUGUUUAAAGUGUUUUGGGUAUGCUUUCCAAUCAAAACUGGUUUCUUACUCUGUGGGAUAAGAUUGUCAUAUUUAUCCCUUAGAUAAGGGAGGAAUCUUAUAAAAAUGCUCAAUAAUGACAUGCAAUGAUGACAGAGUAAAUGUGCCUAGGGGUCAUAUAUAGUCACCUUGCUUCUGGAUUUGCUAUCAUGAAUAUUUUUUCAAACCUGUGAUAUCAAAGUGGAAGUACUUAAAUCCUACCCUAAACUCUGGACCCAACUUUCAUCUUUGACUCUGUCCUUUUACUUGGUCCCUAAAGAAAUAACUUGAUUUUAAAUCCUUCAAGUACAACCUCCUUUUUAAUCACCUGUCUCCAUUCCAUUUU